GAUGCGUCCCCGCGCGCGCGGCUGCGCACCCGGCACUCCGCCUCCGCGCCGCCGCCGCUGUUGCUGCUCCUGCUGCUGCUGCUCCGGGCCGAGCGGCUGCGGGGCGCCGAGCUCACCUUCGAGCUGCCCGACAGCGCCAAGCAGUGCUUCCACGAGGACGUGGAGCAGGGCGCCAAGUUCUCCCUGGAUUACCAGGUCAUCACCGGAGGCCACUACGAUGUCGACUGCUACGUGGAGGACCCCCUGGGGAACACCAUCUACCGGGAGACCAAGAAGCAAUAUGACAGCUUCACGCACCGGGCCGAGGUCAAGGGCGUUUAUCAGUUUUGCUUCAGUAAUGAGUUUUCUACCUUCUCUCACAAGACCGUCUACUUCGACUUUCAAGUGGGCGACGAGCCCCCCAUUCUCCCAGACAUGGGGAACAGGGUCACAGCUCUCACCCAGAUGGAGUCCGCCUGUGUGACCAUCCAUGAGGCCCUGAAGACGGUGAUUGACUCCCAGACGCAUUACCGGCUCCGCGAGGCCCAGGACCGUGCCCGGGCCGAAGACCUCAACAGCCGGGUAUCGUACUGGUCCGUGGGCGAGACGGUCGCGCUGUUCGUGGUCAGUUUGAGCCAGGUUCUGCUGCUCAAGAGCUUCUUCACGGAAAAGCGAGCCAGCCCGCGGGCGCUGCACUCCUAGUCCCCGUCCCACCCCCAGACCCCCACCCCUGGGCAGCGGCAGCUCGCCUGCGACACAGGCUCCUGCUGGGCCCGAGGGCGACCCUGGGGCAGAACAGAGCCACCGGGGGAGGGGCACCCAGCUGCUUACUCUUUGUACCCAGCGGCCGGCGCCCACUGAGCCCGGUGAUCCCAGGGCAUCUAACCGUGUUACGUGGGUAACACCGAGAAAUGCGUAUAGUCAGGGGGGCCCGUGGUCUGGCCGUAGGGGGAACCCCAGAUACCCAGGCCUCCUGGGGUGGCACGGGGGCUCCCUCUGCUCCAGGGUGUGUGGGUCGCGGGGCUUGUGUGUGUCCUGUCCUCUCUGGAGAAGAAGGGGGCCGUCGUCUGGCUUGUCUCCGUGUCGCUGUCUGUGUCUGCGGGAGGCAGGCCCCGAGCGACUUUGCAGAAACCCCCGCCCUGGGUGAGCAGUGGUGUCCUCUGCGGAAACAGGAGGAGCCUGGAGGCUGGGUGCCCGUGGUGAGCCAUGUGUCUCCGGGAGGCAGCGCUCUGGUUAAUAAACGCUAAGCAGGA